GAACUGGCUCUGGUUUGCUUUCUCCACUCCCCAGCCACUGCCAGACCCAGCCUCCGCGAAGGGGCGAGCUGUGGUUAACCCUUUCGUGCCCAGGGAGACCCCGCCAGGGUCCGGGCGGGGCGCGAUCGCCCCCCGCAGUCGGGCGCGAAGACGGCCCGGGAGCCAGGUGGGUGUGGGGCGCAGUUGGCGGAGCUGCCCAGGGAGUGCGAGCAGGUUGCGACGAUGGCGCCCCGGCGGCGCGGAGGUACCGCCCCGCGCUCCUCCGCUAGCUCCCCGGACUCGUCCCCUCUCCCCGCGCUCGGGGGCAGCCGGCUGCCUAGGGCGCGCGGGGCUGGAGUGGCCCUCUCCCUCCCCUUCGCUAGGCUCCCCCGGCUUAAUCUGUUGGCCGCGACUCCUCAGCCAGCCCCGAGGAAAGUGCAGCCAUUGGACAGGUCGGUGCGGGCUGCCGGUUUCAGGGAGGAAGGUGGGAGAAGCCUGGAGGAGCGAAGGGGAGGGCGGAAGGAGGAGGGAGGAGGGUGCGGCGGCAGAUCUGGCAAAUUGCGAGCUGCCUUCCCUCCUCAAAGUGUGGAGCAGGAGCGCGGGGGAGCGUGGCGACGGCAGCGCCUCCUCCGCCACCAAACUCCUGGGGCUCCGCGGGGGCUUGGGGCCACCUCCUCCUGAGCCUGGGGAACCCUCACCCGAUAGGUUCCAGCCUGACUCCCUCCCACCCCACCCUUUUCCUUUCUUCUUCCUCGUUUUUUUUUUUUUAAACACAUUUUUUUCCUGGCUUCGGACCUCAGACUGCUGCAGCCCGAACCUUCCCAGGGUUCAGCUCUUUGGAGCUGCCCAUUCCUCCGGCUGCGAGAAAAGACGCGCGCCCUGCGUCGGGCGAAGAAAAGAAGGAAAACUUGUCGGGAGGGUUUCGCUAUCAACCUCCUUCCCGCAAACCUAAACCUCCUGCCGGGGCCAUCCCGAGGCAGAGGAAAGUUCCUGCGGAGCCGACCAGCCCUAGUGGAUCUGGAGCAGGCAGCGGCGCUGGCUGUGGAAUUAGAUCAGUUUUGAACCCAGUGGAGCGCAUCGCUGGGGCUCGGAAGUCACCGUCUGCGGACACCGGGGUGGCGCUGCCCAAGUGGAACCGACAGUUUGCGAGCCCAGGCUGCAAGUGGCCUUUCCUCCCCGCAAUUGUUGUUCAGUGUCGGGUGAGGGCUGCGAGUGUGGCAAGUUGCAAAGAGAGCCCCAGAGGUCCGAAGAGCGCUGCGCUCCUACUCGCGUUCGCUUCUUCCUCUUCUCGGUUCCCUACUGUGAAAUCGCAGCGACAUUUACAAAGGCCUCCGGGUCCUACCGAGACCGAUCCGCAGCGUUUGGCCCGGUCGCGCCUAUUGCAUCCGGAGCCCCCGAGCACCGGCGAAGGACUGGCGGGCGGGGUAGGGAGGUGGCGGCGGCGGCAUGGCGAGGUUCCCGAGGGCCGACCUGGCCGCUGCAGGAGUUGUGUUACUUUGCCACUUCUUCACCGACCAGUUUCAGUUCGCCGAUGGGAAACUCGGAGACCAAAUCCUUGAUUGGCAGUAUGGAGUUGCUCAGGCCUUCCCUCACACAGAGGAGGAGGUGGAAGUUGAUUCACACGUGUACAGCCACAGGUGGAAAAGAAACUUGGACUUUCUCAAGGCGGUAGACACGAACCGAGCAAGCGUCGGCCAAGACUCUCCUGAGCCCAGAAGCUUCACAGACCUGCUGCUGGAUGAUGGACAAGACAAUAACACUCAGAUCGAGGAGGAUACAGACCACAAUUAUUAUAUAUCUCGAAUAUAUGGUCCAUCUGAUUCUGCCAGCCGGGACUUGUGGGUGAACAUAGAUCAAAUGGAAAAAGAUAAAGUGAAGAUUCAUGGAAUAUUGUCCAAUACUCAUCGGCAAGCUGCAAGAGUGAAUCUGUCCUUCGAUUUUCCAUUUUAUGGCCACUUCCUACGUGAAAUCACUGUGGCAACAGGGGGUUUCAUAUACACUGGAGAAGUUGUACAUCGAAUGCUAACAGCCACACAGUACAUAGCACCUUUAAUGGCAAAUUUCGAUCCCAGUGUAUCCAGAAAUUCAACUGUCAGAUAUUUUGAUAACGGCACAGCACUUGUGGUCCAGUGGGACCAUGUACAUCUCCAGGAUAAUUAUAACCUUGGAAGCUUCACAUUCCAGGCAACUCUGCUCAUGGAUGGACGAAUCAUCUUCGGAUACAAAGAAAUUCCUGUCUUGGUCACACAGAUAAGUUCAACCAAUCAUCCAGUGAAAGUCGGACUGUCCGAUGCAUUUGUCGUUGUCCACAGGAUCCAACAAAUUCCCAAUGUUCGAAGAAGAACAAUUUAUGAAUACCACCGAGUAGAGCUACAAAUGUCAAAAAUUACCAACAUUUCGGCUGUGGAGAUGACCCCAUUACCUACAUGUCUCCAGUUUAACAGAUGUGGCCCCUGUGUAUCUUCUCAGAUUGGCUUCAACUGCAGUUGGUGUAGUAAACUUCAAAGAUGUUCCAGUGGAUUUGAUCGUCAUCGGCAGGACUGGGUGGACAGUGGAUGCCCUGAAGAGUCAAAAGAGAAGAUGUGUGAGAAUACAGAACGAGUGGAAACUUCUUCUCGAACCACCACAACCAUAGGAGCGACAACCACCCAGUUCAGGGUCCUAACUACCACCAGAAGAGCAGUGACUUCUCAGUUUCCCACCAGCCUCCCUACAGAAGAUGAUACCAAGAUAGCACUACAUCUAAAAGAUAAUGGAGCUUCUACAGAUGACAGUGCAGCUGAGAAGAAAGGGGGAACCCUCCACGCUGGCCUCAUCGUUGGAAUCCUCAUCCUGGUCCUCAUUAUAGCCACAGCCAUUCUUGUGACAGUCUAUAUGUAUCACCACCCAACAUCAGCAGCCAGCAUCUUCUUUAUUGAGAGACGCCCAAGCAGAUGGCCUGCGAUGAAGUUUAGAAGAGGCUCUGGACAUCCUGCCUAUGCUGAAGUUGAACCAGUUGGAGAGAAAGAAGGCUUUAUUGUAUCAGAGCAGUGCUAAAAUUUCUAGGACAGAACAACACCAGUACUGGUUUACAGGUGUUAAGACUAAAAUUUUGCCUAUACCUUUAAGACAAACAAACAAACACACACACACAAACAAGCUCUAAGCUGCUGUAGCCUGAAGAAGACAAGAUUUCUGGACAAGCUCAGCCCAGGAAACAAAGGGUAAACAAAAAACUAAAACUUAUACAAGAUACCAUUUACACUGAACAUAGAAUUCCCUAGUGGAAUGUCAUCUAUAGUUCACUCGGAACAUCUCCCGUGGACUUAUCUGAAGUAUGACAAGAUUAUAAUGCUUUUGGCGUAGGUGCAGGGUUGCAAAGGGAUCAGAAAAAAAAAUCAUAAUAAAGCUUUAGUUCAUGAGGGAUCGACA